AGCUGACAUCUAGCUCUGUUUAAUCUGUCAGUCACUCAUUGAUCAAGUGUCGAGUGUGUCAUUUUUGAUAGUGUAAAUGGUGUUUUUUUUUUGAUACGCCUAAUUAAGGGAUCGAAUAUCGUUGUGUUAUUUCUGAAAUCAUAACUUGUCCUCCUCGCUGCUCCUGAGCUGUCAGGGUGAGAAUUAUCAUCGGUGCUUUAAAAAGCAACAGCUGGCGAGCAGGACUCACAUAAACUACUGAUUUACCGCAAACACGGGCAACGCAAUGAGAACAAUCACCGUCUUAUUACUAGAAGUAUCAAGAGUUUGCUUUCUGAGUGGCUAGAAAUCCUACUAUAAAAAAGGUUACAGAAGGAACUGCUAGCCUUGCAGAAUGAUCCGCCCCCUGGAAUGACCCUAAAUGAGAAGAGCGUACAGAACACCAUCACACAAUGGAUUGUGGAUAUGGAAGGAGCCUCUGGUACUCUUUACGAGGGGGAGAAAUUUCAGCUUCUUUUUAAAUUUAGUAGUCGUUAUCCCUUUGACUCACCUCAGGUAAUGUUCACAGGAGACAAUAUACCUGUCCAUCCCCACGUUUAUAGCAAUGGCCAUAUCUGCCUGUCCAUCUUAACGGAGGACUGGUCACCAGCUCUUUCUGUGCAGUCCGUUUGUCUUAGCAUUAUUAGCAUGCUGUCUAGCUGCAAAGAGAAGAGGCGGCCUCCUGAUAACUCCUUUUAUGUACGGACAUGUAAUAAAAAUCCAAAGAAGACAAAAUGGUGGUAUCAUGAUGAUACCUGUUAAUAUGAACUUUCUAGAAGUCCUAUUGACAUUAUAAAAGCACUUUUUGAAAUCAUAUGGUCUCUGAACUUUAAACUUGGACUCAAACACAAGCAUGGACUCAGACCACAAACAUGGGAGAUGAUGUCAGCUGUGUUACCGGUGGCCAGUUGGAUGCAUGUUUGGGAAAAAUAAAAACAGACGGAGAAUGGAAAUCAGUUUUAAAGAGGAUGGAAACAGACCUGUCAAAAGGUUGCUGUGGGAAAAUGUAGAUAAAUCCAGGAAGAAUGAUUUUUAUUUUAUUUGUAUUUUUUUGUAAUGAGAUUAUUUCUGUCUUGGACCACACAUAUUCCUGUUCAUUUUUGUCAUUGGUAUGUUUUAAGGUCCACGUGUCUUGUGCAAUAACAAGGAUAGGUGCAUAGCAGGGCAAAUAAUGAGAAAUCCAAAACCAAUCUGGAACUGAUUCUAGUGUCCUUCGCUUCUUCUCUUUUCUUAUAUUCCUACUGAAAUGAUAUGCACUGUGAAAUGAUGAAAGAAAAGAUCAGUUCAUUCUGAUGAAGAUAUGACGCACCGCUUCAGCGAGUUUCUGAUGUUCCACUGUAAAAUAGUUUAAUUUAAGAAAGGUACUGUUUUCAUCUCCAGUUCUGAAAUUGUGGUUUCAUUGUCAUUUAUGCUUGUUAGGACUAUAAUUUGUGUGUUUGAGCAUCAAAACCAACCGUGACCAUCCACGAACUCGUGUUUUCCUCUGCCAGGUCAUAUGGGAUGGAACCAGUGUUGUAUGUAUGUUUGCUAUUAAAGCAGAGCUGUAGGUAACCCAGUAUAUUGAAUGUUGGCAAGAACGUUCUGUCUUGUAUUCUUAUUUGCAUAAAAUGUUUCUGUUAGGAGGCAUAAGCUCGAAUCUAUUUGCUUCAUCCUUAUUUUUUUUAUUUUUUUUGUUUGGUGCAAGCAAUGAAAAAGUUGAAGAAUGGCAGUAUGCUCAAGAGUGUAUAUCUUAUUUGAUUCUGGGUACAUGUUUUAUUCUUUGUAACCUAUAUAUUCUCAAGAUGCUGAUUAUCCUGGUCAUACUUGCCUGGCUCAGGUCAUUUUUUCAAGGAAGAAAACAAUCACAAAUAUUCCUAAAUAUUUUCCAUUUGAUUAUAUUAUCUCCUAAAGGACUGUUACAUAGUUUAGGAAAAAUUAAAGCAAAAAACUAAUGCAUAUGACUCAUAAAAAUGAAAUUAAUUAACCUGGCAGCAUGGUCUACAUGGAGAUAGACAAAUGAUGUUAUUGCAGAGCACAUAUUUGAUAAUGUUUGGAUCCUGCACUUUUUCGAAAUCGAAAUGAUUUUAUUUCUUCAAAAAUGAGUGUUUCUAUAGUCACAGAUUAUCAGGUAGUUUGGCUUUUGUGUUAUCUGGGUGGGUGGUUAAUGUAACACUUUCUGUCCCCAACAGUUGUAUAUGUUUGAUGUACGGUAUCUGGUCAGUAAUGUGAGAUCUCACACUGUUUAUUAACUUCAUACACUCCAAAGAUGUAUUUUUAGCCAUCCAUUCUGAAAUACUUGAAUAUUCUAAACCUGGUUGGCUUGUCUUCUAUUCCAUUGUCUGUGGUACAGUGUACUUAGACUUCCAAGUGAAUGUGCUGGUGU